AACUUGGCUUCACUUUACUAGCAAACCCACAGCCAGUCUUCGCCGGUCUGUACUGCGUGGUGUACGUAUUGAACGAAGUCCCGAUACGCGCGAAAAUUCGCGAGUGAAUAGUGACAGUGUUGUGCUAUACAGGAUUUGUAAAUCUGGAGCUGUACGCGUUUUUGUGGAGAAGAAGCUCGUGUAAUGCAACGAUGGCGACGCGAGCGGUGAGAGCGGCGCUGCUCUGCGCAUGCCUAUUGUUCGUACAACAAGCAAGCGCCGAGCUCAGAGGACGAUGUCCCGCCGAAGACGGCGCGUGUCCGCCGCGAGCGACUCCCUGCCAUGAGGACGACGACUGCGGCGAUCAGAUCUGCUGCAACACUUCGUGUGGAAGAACUUGUGUUGAACCACUUUACACUGGCUGUGAGAACAUAAAGCUGUCGUCUGAGAGAAUAUCAAGAGCGCUUGCGGCCGAAAACACGCGUAGUGGACGAGGUGUCAUUCGGUCUCCACGAUCUCCGAGGUGCAAAGUGUCGGACGGAGAGUUUGAGGAGAUUCAGUGCGACAAUGAGAUUGUUAGCACGUGUUGGUGCGUUGACGCCGCUGGGUUCGAGGUUCCUGGCACCAGAGCGCCUGCGGCAGGGCUUGUCAACUGCACCAACUCAGCUCCAUGUGCAGCCCACACUUGCCGAAUGUUGUGUCCCCUCGGGUUUGAGCUGGACAACCGUGGCUGUCCGUUGUGCAAAUGCAGAGAUCCCUGCUCAGGUGUCACUUGUCCAGGACAAUUGGCUUGCCAGUUGGAGGAGACUCCGUGUUUGAGGCCGCCUUGUCCGCCUGUACCAACAUGUAAAAGAGGUCGUAGUCUACAAAAUAUAUGCCCAGUUGGAGAACCACUUUUGAUAUCAGAAACUAGUAGGCCCGUCUUAUGUGGCACGGAUCCAGGAAAACCGAACUGUCCGCCGCUUUAUAGAUGUCUGGUUGAAUCAGGAAACGACUAUGGAGUGUGCUGCCCCGCGUCCCUAGAGCUUCAGAAAGCUGGUACAUGUCCAGCAGCAUCUACUACAGACCUUGAUUGUGGAACACCCUGUGCUCACGAUCUAGAAUGUCCUUCGAUGCAGAAGUGCUGUGACGGCGGUGAAUGUGGAAGACACUGCACGCUACCACACAACGUUACAAUGUGUACGCAGCAGAAGAUGCUGGCAGAGUUGUUGGUUGUCAGUGAAAAAGAGGGUAGAGGAUACGUGCCCCAGUGUACAGCUGAUGGUGCUUUUGUAUCGAAGCAGUGCUCGAGAAAUGGACUCGUUUGUUGGUGCGUGGACACAGACGGCAACAAACUUCGAGGCUCAAUGGGUCCAUCAGAUACAGUUCGCUGUUCCCCAACCCCUCGACCUGCCCGAUCUGGGGGACGGAGUCUAAGCUCCUGUGCAAGAGCACUCUGCGCCGGGGUCUGUGAAUACGGCUACAAGACCGGCAGCGAUGGAUGCCCUACGUGCGAAUGUGACGACCCCUGCGCUGGCUUCCCUUGUGCUGAUGGAGAGGAGUGCGUGCGAGUGCGAGAUGCUGAUUGUUCGGGUGAAUUGUGCACUGGAUACCCUGUGUGUCGUCCCAAAAUUUCCUACGACAAUCCUUGUGAGGAGGGCGUACCAGCAACUGACGAGGAAGGCUCACUCAUAGCUUGUGGUACAGUCCAAGAUUGCCCCAGCGGUCACUUGUGCGCUACAGCGCGACGAAGCGGCGCCGCUGUCUGCUGUCCAAACCCUAACUUUAUGGACAAUUCUACAGACUCGGAGGUUUUAGAAAUUAACUUCGAGUCCUGCGGUCCGGAAGCCGAGGCAGUUUGCAGCGUGAACUCAACCAUCAACUGUUCGGAAGGCGUUUGUGAGGAGGGUCUCAUCUGCUGCACCACAGAGAGCUGCGGCCCUGUAUGCGUGGAUGCUGCCAAGAUGCGACUACAGACCGAUAGAGUGGAUGAUACACCUACUAUGUGCGAAUAUCUUCGUGACUUCGACGAGAAAAUGGAAGGAACUGUUGACGGUAUGAAGUUGGCACUGCCAGCCCCGACCUGCCAACCCGAUGGCUCGUUCGCACCACAGCAGUGCGCCGGUGGACGCUGUUGGUGUGUCGACUCUUUUGGCACGGAGAUACCAGAGACCAGAAGUAGCAAUGCUUCUGAUGUGGAUUGUGACAAGUUGCGAUCAGAACUAUCAUGUUUGGAGCUGACCUGUCGGAUGGGCUGUGACUACGGGUUCGAGCUGGGCGCGGGCCGCUGUCCCACAUGCAGGUGUCGAGACCCUUGCGCUGGAGUGACGUGUCCCGCAGGGCGUGCGUGCGCGCUCGUAGACGUGGCCUGUGACGCGGACUACUGCCCCCCUGUGCCAGCCUGUUUACCCCGCAAAGCUGGCCAGUGCCCAUACCUAGUGCCAUGGACGGGUGCGUGCGAGUGGGCGUGCCGCACGGACGCGGAGUGCGGCGCUGAGCAACGCUGCUGUGCGACUGGUUGCGGCACUGCCUGCACCUCUGUAGUGCAUCAAUCUGCUUGUCAGCAACGAAGAGCACUCGCCUUACACACAGCAGCGGAGAGCGGCAACCCGCCGUCCUGGACAUGGGUGCCGGACUGCAGGCCGGACGGAACCUACGCGCAGGUGCAGUGCAGCGGGUCCGGCACUAAAAUGUGCUGGUGCGUUGAUUCUGUCGGCAAUGAAAUCUCAGGUACCCGAUCAACAAAUUCGACGCCAAAUUGUGAUGCACCAGCCAAAUGUCCUGACCCUGGAUGCGAAGUAGAGGAAAUAUGCCCUCAUGGACGUUUAUUGGACAACAAAGGAUGUUCCACGUGUGUUUGCAGAGACCCUUGCGCUGAAGCUAAAUGUAGAGAUGAUGAGAUAUGUGAUCUUGUUCCAUUAGAUUGUGAGGGAGAAACCUGCCCACCACUUGCCCGUUGCUCCCCUUCGCCGCAAUGCCCAGAGGGAGAGCCGCUGCAAGCUCCAGAUGGUUCGGGAGCUUUGCUUUGUGGGCCGAGUGCUGCAGCCUGUCCCUACACCCAUGCUUGUCGCUUCGCACCCCAUGACUCGAGGCCUUCCGUCUGUUGUCCUAAGCCACGAACAGUCUGUUUUGAAAGUAAAGACGAAGGUGAUUGUGAAAGUGGCGAGGGUUUGAACACGACGCGAUGGCACUUCAAUCACGAACGCAACCGGUGUGAGAGGUUCCGCUACCAUGGCUGCUCGGGCAACCACAACAACUUCCGGACUAAAGACGAAUGCAACUCUGUAUGCCCUGAGAAGAAAGUGAGGGGACAGUUAAAGAAAGAACAGAACAGGAAGAAAAUUAAAGGCUCAGAAGUGUUAAGUCCUUGCGAACGAUUACGAGAAAAGAACGAAGCCGCUGCUCAGAAGUAUGGCAAAGGAACUUUCAUUCCCAAGUGUGACGCCAGCGGCGCUUGGGAAUCAGUACAGUGCAUGUCGCAUAUUGAUGUGUGCUGGUGUGUAAGCGCCCGAGGAGAACCGCAAAAGGGGUCCCUAGUACGAGGAGCAAAACCAACGUGCAAUUUCAGACAAGCUCGUAAAUGGGUGCGAAGGGAUCCAUUAGACGAGAAAGCAAGAGCUGAUGAAGUGCUAGAAGAAUUGAUCAGACAAAUGACAACGUUCAGAGAAGAUGAACUCGAAGAAGUAGACGAAGACUUAGAUCUCGAGCCCGAACACAGAGGAGGUGAUGAUCCAAUUUCCACAGAAGGUUCAUCAAGUGAAGAUACAUCAGUGCUCUCAGAAGUAAUUGAACCGAAGUUAGCCGAAAGUACGAGAAAAAAUAUAGCGCCAGUCGAAAUUGUUGCGGAGAAAAUUAGCUUCAAGACCAAGUGUCAGCUGAUGCAAGAAGAAAUUGAUAACGGCGCUGAGGGUUGGAGGCCCAGAUGCAUGCCGGAUGGAUCGUUCGCACCGCGGCAGUGUGGUCGAGCGCGAUGCUGGUGCGUGGAUGCGGCAGGGCAGGUGCGACCUGGUACCAGCUCCUUUAGCACUGAGCCUUGUGAGGUCACACAAAUAGAGUCAGCUCUCCUAGAGUUAGAACUGAUCGGUGCUGAAGAGGCAAUUGGAAAUAAGGCCCAAGCUUUACUUGCAUCGCGACUCUCCGCUUUGGGCUCCCAAGUGCCAGUAACUGUCAGCAAAGAUCGGGAGGCCGUGAAACUACGAGCUAUGCUGCCUGGGCCUCGAGCUGCCGAUUUGGUUUACCAUCUGGAAUCGCAGGUCAAAAAGGAAAAGCUAUCGGGUGCUAACAAGUCUGACGAAGGCAUCAUCGGGGCGGAUGUCAUCCGUAGCGAAUACCGACUGGUGGCGCCUAUGCCUGCCAUUCAGAGGGAGAUACUAAGCGAAUCCACGGUUUCCGCAGCUACUUCAUAUCACACCGCUCUCAUCGUCCUAGCAGCGACAUCUGCCUUCAUAAUCAGCAUUUUAUGUGUGUUAGUGAUGCUUUACCGAGCCAGAUUACAACGGGAACCCCACAAAGCGGAACGAUUCCUUCCAGCAGCGCCUCCCGUAUACGUGUUGUCUGCUGACGAAAAAGCGGAAUUGGCGAGAGUGUUGCACGCCCCGCCACCACCAGUCCCUCCUAGUGAAGAUCACACGAGAGUCUAAAGAGUACAUACAAUAUCAAUGUUAUCUAUCCUCUGAGAGUAUGUUUAUUUUAGUCGGGGAGCCUAAGUGGGGAUUUUGGGAUUAACUCAAGCGGGACAGAUGCAUGUUGUUGAGUACCUCCAACAAGCCCUUGAUGUUGGCAAAAUAGUUAGGGUAAACAAUAAAAACAGAAACACGUCAGAUUAAGGCUAAGUAGCGUGCAUUUCUAAUAUUUGAGGGUAACUUAGGAGACACUGAACAUUUAAUAAUUUAUAUUUCUAUGCUUAGGGAUUUAUUUCUUCAAGAGCCACUAGAAUUUUUAAUUCGAUGAAACUAUCCCAAAAUGAAAUAAAGUUAAUGAAACAAUAUAUUAUAAUCUAUCGAUUUUCGCAAUACGAAACGAAGUGAUAAACAUUGCCUUCAAUCUGAAUAUGUUUUCCGACCCCUGAAAGCGUAAAUAUUAUAAAACCAUAUAAUCUUCAUACAUUAUACCUCCUCUAGCAAAUAUAACAAUUCCCCGCGAAGUUUUAGUAAAUACCUAUUUAAUAUCAUGGGCUCCCCUACCAUAGAGAACAAUGUUGAAAGGGAAUGAAUUAUGGUACCUAAUGACGUCACUACGUCACACAAAUUAAAAAUGACGACCAGAUGUAACACGUUAAAAAAAUAACAGAUUGAGUAUUUGAAUAACGAACGUAACUUUAUAUUACCUGCCAAGAAUCAAAAUGUUCGUCUAAAGAGAUAGGAGAUAAUACAAGAGGCUUUAGAUUUUAAUAAUGAUUGAUUAUUUAUGUAUUAUGUUACAUCAUAUUAAAUUACACUAUUACAAGCACUUCAGCUUGGCCUAAUAUUUUUAGGGGUACGAAGCAGCGUUGGCAGCGUUUUAUAAAUUGUGCUGUGAAUGACUAUUACCCAACUAAUUUGGUCUUCUAAUGUUUAUAGGCAUAGUAUAGAUUAACGUAUAUAUAUUUUAAUAUACGAGGAUACGUACCUAAAUUAAACUUAUGAUUUUAAAUUUAGAACUAACUUCAUUUUGCAACUCAUUUUACCAAAAAUAUCAAACGGCCAAUGGAUACAUAAGAUCAUUAAAGUGGAUAGCAUGAGUUUGAUGCUUAAACUUUCUGUGAAUAGAGCGUAGGUUGCGAGUAAAGUGAUAAAAUACGUUUAUUUGGAGCCUUGGUUAACCUAGUGAUGGUAAUCAUUUGAUAACCUAAAGGUGUGUCUAAUAAUGCCAGCUUUGUUUUGAUAAGUUUAAUGACGAUCGGGAUGGAUAAAUUAUUAUUAUACGUAAUAUACUGACAUACAUAGUACAUACUGACGGGUAAGUGCGUCCGCAUCGUACGGAUCACACGAAUCUUUCGUAAUCGUUUAAUGCGAUGCGUCCGUUAUAUACGAUGCGGAUCUGUGGACGCAUGCCUUUACGCGCCAGUAUAAAAAUAAAUCCUCUUUAUGGACUCACGUUCGGAUACUUCGCACGUAUUAAAUCUUAAAAGUUUUUCUUUUUAUCGAAUAUUAGUAUAUCUUCCGACUGACCAACUCAAGAACUGCCUAAUAAAAAAUAUUGGAAAGUAAAUAUAUUUGUAAUUUAUUUCAACGUAACUUCGAUGUUGGACUUAGAACGAUGUCAUUGAGAAAUAAAUCUCGAUGUCGGUUUCGGAGGUGGGUAGGGUUUGUUAGUAACUUUAGAAUUUGAAUAGGGUCCAAUUGGCUAGCAACUCGUGAUCUUUAAUAAACUUCUUUAGUCCUUCAUUAUCAUAAAAUAAAAUAUUAGUGUUUAGGGAAUCUCACAUGGCCUUGAACGAAUUUAAUAACUUUGUAAAAUAGUUAAGUUUUUUUUGUUUUACGUUUGAGAUUUUAGAUAUGAAGAAAUUUUUAUUCGUUCUAGCGCACAAUGUUUGUAUAUUUACAAAGUUUAUGUACUUACUCGUAAUAGACUUCUUCUUCAUUUUGAAAUUAUGAUAAAUAAAAUAAUAUUUAAGGAUUCUUGUAUAAUAAUAUCGAUAGUAUUAUAAUUAUAAUCAAAUAAUUAAUUACCUUUUUAUUAUUACUUUACAAAUGAAGUAUCUAGUAGUACCUAAGUGCUGUAAAAAGAAAGCGCAGGGGCGGGCGUCGACUAAAACGACGAACGCCUAUACGCACCUUUAGUUCCUCUCGCCGAGAUUCUCUCAACAGUGUGAUUUUAUUAAAUAUAGUCACUUAAAUAUGAGGGUUUCUCAGUGCAGAACUAAUCUAGUCUCUUAAUUUCAGUAAAACCUUUCAAAUUUGUCUCCAUUUUAAGUUUCAUCAGGAACUGUACCUAAUUUCUAGAUAUAAGUAUUUUGAGAUGUAAGCAAUUUACGGUUAAAUUCAAAAUACAUAUUAUGUAUUAGGUUUAUUGUUUCAUUCUUUUUAAUUUAGAUUAUUAGUAAAGUUUUUAUUAUAUUAUUAUUGAAUAGUAAGUAUAUUAUAUUAUAUAUUAUUUAAAAUGUUCAUGUAAAAUAAAAUUAAAAGAUAAUAAUUUUA